CUUCACUAAACCGGAAUAACAGAGAGCUGACGGGACGAACCACAUUCUCAGAGACGGCGGCAGACAGGGGGUUUACAGCCACAUUAACCCACCUUCAGUCCUGAAAAACUCGACCUCUCUCGGUUUGACCUCGUGUCUUGUUUGGAGACUUAAAGCGGGGCGGAAGGCUAGAGUACCAGACAUCCGGUUAGACGCGCUGGCUCAACGGGCUGGAGUCCAACUUGAGCCGGACACUUUCCUCUGUCCUCGUCGGGAUGCGCGAUCGACUUCUUUUCAACUAUAAUAAGCGCUUUUGUGAAGAUUAAGUGUUACGUAUGAAUAGCUGGGAACGCUUAGACUACAGCAGGAUUGUUUUUGUUUAUAAUUGACUAAUGUAAGUAAGCUGGAACGGUCAUUUAGACUCGGAUGUGAUUUAUCUACUCAGCUGGCUGGGCAGAUAGUUUGUUUACGGAUCACAUUAGCCCACGGAAAAAGAUUGACUACAUUAUUUAGCUAGCAGUUUUGUUACCAGUAUAUUUACAUUUUUUGUCAAGCAGCUUUCCUGCCACCAGAAAUCUCUUUCUUUGCCAAGUCUGAUAGGGCUUGGUUUGUACGCCUAUGCAUAUUUUUUUGCCAGCAAACCUGCCUGAGUUAGACUGGUUAGUCUUGGUGCCAGUGUUCUAGUAGUUUAUAAAGGGAGGAAACCCCACAUAUCAUCUUUGUUCAUCUGAUCUCAAGCCAGGCUGCUGUGACUUCAUACAUCUAUCUUAUUUUCUAUUGUUAGGUAUGUUCUGGUGAGGCUCAAGCUGGCAGAAAGGUUAUAUUUUCUGUCUGAAUCCUCUGAAUUGUGCUGACUGAUAGCUAUGACAUUUUCCAACAGUUGUUUUGUAUCUUCAGACUUCACUAUUAUAAGUUCCUGCACUUGGUGCCAAUGCUGCCUCAGUAAUAUUAGCUAACAGAAGCUCAGCUCACACCAAAAAUUAGUUACAGCAUAUCGAGUUGUGACCGCAUUUUUACUAGUUAGGUAAUUUUUCCUUUUUUCUACAAGUGUCAUUCGACUUGGUAGCUGGCUCAAAACUUAUCAAACUCAAGAGAUAAGUCAUAAUACAGUUUGUAUCAAGCCAGUUUGUUAACCUGAGCAAGGCACUCAUAUUUUUGUAAAACCAUCAGCGUAUUUAAUAGGUACUGGAAAUACGAUUCAAGUUUAGUGGCAAUUAGCAAAUUUUUCUCGUAGCUAACUAAAGAUGUCAGGACAGUCCAUCACCGAUCGCAUCGCGGCAGCCCAGCACAGCAUGACUGGAUCAGCCAUCAGCAAAGCUGUCUGCAAGGCCACAACACAUGAAGUCAGUGGACCCAAAAAGAAACACAUUGAUUAUUUGAUCCACUGCACCAAUGAGAUGAAUGUGAACGUGCCCCAGCUGGCAGACACUCUGUUUGAGAGAACUACCAACAGCAGCUGGGUUGUGGUCUUCAAAGCUCUCAUCACAACACACCACCUAAUGAUGUAUGGAAAUGAGCGUUUCAUUCAGUAUCUGGCCUCAAGAAACACCCUCUUCAAUCUCAACAAUUUCCAUGAUAAAGGUGCAUUGCAAGGUCAUGACAUGUCCACAUUCAUCAGGCGGUACAGCAGAUAUCUGAAUGAGAAAGCCCUUUCCUAUAGACUGGUGGCUGUUGACUUCACCAAGAUGAAGCGUGGUAUUGAUGGAGUCAUGCGCACCAUGAACACCGAGAAGCUGAUCAAAACUCUGCCUAUCAUUCAAAACCAGCUGGAUGCACUGCUGGACUUCCAGGCCAAUCCUAACGAGCUGACUAAUGGUGUGAUCAACGCUGCCUUCAUGCUGCUCUUCAAAGACUCCAUCCGUCUGUUUGCUGCCUAUAAUGAGGGCGUUAUCAACCUGCUGGAGAAAUAUUUUGAUAUGAAGAAAAACCAGUGUAAAGAUGCUUUGGACAUCUACAAGAAGUUUCUAUACAGGAUGACUAAGCUGUCAGAGUUCCUCAAAGUGGCUGAGCAAGUUGGGAUUGAUCAUGGUGACAUCCCAGAUCUCACUCAGUCGACUAGAGGAUCUUACAUUGCUCCCAGCAGUCUCCUAGAGGCUCUCGAGCAGCACCUGGCCUCUCUGGAAGGAAAGAAGACCAAGGAGCUCUCUGCCGACAACAGAGCCAGUACUCUGUCCAAUGCUGUGUCAACCCUGUCCAACACGGGAAUGUCCUUCAGCAGAAUGGAUGAGAAGGAGAAACAACAGGCCCUUGAGGAGGAGCAAGCUCGACUGCAGUCGCUCAAGGACCAGCGUCUAAAGGAGAUUGUCACACAGAGCCCCUCUGCCUCCCCCAGCACACAGUCUUUGAGCAGUGCCAACAACCACACCGUGGGCAUGGACCUAUUCACCAACACCACAAGCCCACCCUCCAAUCACAGCAUGCCAAACCUCAGCAGUGACCUGUUUGACCUCCAGCCUGCCUUCAUCCCUGCCGUGCAGAACACCCCUAUCUCCACCACAGGCAGUGCCUGGGGAGUCUCAGGUCUAGAGAACAGCACUCUUCACCCCAUGGCUUCCAUGCCCACCAUGAAUGUAGAUUUUGAUGCUGUUUUUGGGACUAAGGCUUCCAAUUGUGACGUGAAGCCCUCAGCUGGUUAUGAUGCAGUAGACUUGUUGAAGCCCUCUGUGACAGUUCACAGUCAGGCUCCUAUAAUGCCGGUGCAUACAGGCAGUAAACUGUUGGCCAAUGACCUAGACUCCUCUCUGGCCAAUCUCGUAGGCAACCUGCAGUUUGGAGGAACACAAGGCAAAAAAUCUGAUAUGCAUUGGACUCAACCUGGAGAGAAGAAGUUGACUGGUGGCACUAAUUGGUAUUCAAAGACCACGAGCAACACCACUGCCUGGAGUCCUGCCCCAUUACCGCCUGCUGCCAUGCCACCUACAGCCAUGCCCGUGCCACACAUGACUGGAAUGUUCUAUACUGGUUAUGCUCCUGCUCCCAUGGCGUUUCCAAUGACAACACCUCACGUGCCUGUGUAUGGAAUGGUCCCUACUCAUCUGGGACAGAUUGGAGGGGUUCCAGUGAUGGCCCAGCAGCCCAUGUUGUACAACCAGCCGGUUCUCAGACCAUCUAACCCCUUCACCCCCAUCCCUGGAGCCCAGAUGCAGUUCAUGUAGUAGCACUUCAGCAAAGUGACAAACAAGACCGCUGAAAGCAUCACAGAGCCAGUGAGAGGAGGAUCCAACUACCACCAAAUAAAAGGGAGAGACAGACAAAUGGAGAGGAAUGUGUUUGUGUCGAGAAUGCUUUGUCUGAUAUGGCUCACAUACACAUACACGCACACCAAACGAGUGUUUCAUUUUUCAUCUCUAGAGCUUCAUUUAUUUCCUGGGGCACUGUAUCUACUGGCAGGUGUGAUACAUCAUGGGAAUCGUGGCUUUUAUUGCCAGUAGUAAAUUACCAUUCACAGAGAACUCUCUUUUACUUAAGAAUUAGUAUGAAUUGGAUAUGAAGCUCAGCACAGAGGACUUUGUUUUACUGUCACUUUUUGCACGCUAAUGCUAAGAUACCUGUGCUAUUUUCACAACAAAGAUGGAUAUGUCACCAUACAAUAUAUGCCCUUAACCUGCAUUGGCCAAAGCAGUAUGUGUAGGUUUCUAGAUCAUAAAUGUCACAUAUAUUUGAACGACUAAUUUAUGCAAUGCCCAACACAAGAAAAUCAUUUGUGACCCCUUGUAUAAGGUGCUCAAUACCCUCAUUUGUGCAUUUAUGUGUAACAGAAAUAUAGCGUUGAGCUGGUCUCUUAUAUCUAGAACAUUAGUAGUAUAAUGUUAACAAUUAAUACAUCUCACUGUUACUGAUGGCUUCUGUUGUAAAUGGUCAGUCAAUCCUAAUGUGUUCAUUCUGGUAUGGGGGUCGCUAUUUCAGACAUGGUGGUCUUGCACAUACACAAACAUCCACUUUGCCAUAGUGUCAUUCUGGACGUGUUACAUAAUGAGCCCCCUCUCACUUUCCUCCCACCUUGUUUUGUCACUCCCAAGACACUGAUAAACAUAUCUGCUCCUGCUCUGCUGUGUGUUAUCAAGCAUGUCAUGCAUUUAUAACUACACCUCUCACUUUGAGGUCACUCCCACCUCUACCACCCAGAGAGACUCUGAGAGAGAGAGAGUGUGUGUGAAAGAAGCAUUGGAGAAUGGUACAGGGCAUCUAACCCUAUUGAAUAAACUCUUAAUUAGGGUUUUCUUUCUAUUCUUUUUUGAUUUUCUGGAAGCAUGUUAUUUUUAAAUUUAAUAGAAUGACAUCAAAACCAUGGUCUGUGUUUAUAUUGCCAAAUUAUGUACAUUUAUGAUUGAGUUGUUGAAAUGCCAUAAACUAACCAGUGUACUGCCCCUAACAUCACUGUACGGAGGGAUGCUCUUAUCAGUGUUUGCCAAUGCCAAAAUCAAUAGCUUGAAAUCAGUUUUAUGCAGCUCCUCAAUGUGAGGCUCUGUUAAGCAGGGUAUCUUUAUUUUGCUUGUGCAGCCAAAGCACUUUCUGUCCCCCUAACAUCCCUUUUAUCCUUAAUCCAGCCUUCACGUCAUCCUGUAAUUCCUGCUUGAAUACAUUCUUAUGGUGUUCAGUGAUAUUGUUCAGGAUUUCUGCAUGGAUUGAACAGAGAUGUGGUUGUGUGGUUUUAAAUGAGGUUUAUUUGGUGUCGUUAAGAAGUCUCUAUCUUUACGCCUCCAUUUCCCUCAGGAAAGAGAUGGCCAAGGAGAGGAGUGUAUGCAGUAUGGCAACUGUUCAUGCAGAAGCAGGGAAAAUGUUGUAGCCCCCUUUAGAACUCCCAUCAUGUUAUAUCCGUUUAUAAAAUGUGCAUUUCCAUUGUAAUGUCAUCAGUCAUGUGCAUUACAGUCUUAAAGGAAUGUUUUGAGUUCAAUACAAAUUAAACUCAAUCUUCAGCAUUUGUGGCAUAGUGUUGAUUCACCACAAAAAUAUUUAAAAGCUCAUGUCUUGUUUAUUAAAAUUAAAAAAUUGCGGUUACAGUAAGUUGCAUACAAUAGAAGUGAAAUGGGGCAGUCUAUGAACAAUAAAAUACAGAUCAAUUCAGAAGUACAGCCUAAAGUUGAGAACAUUUACAUGAUUUUACGCUUGCACGCCAUAUAUGUUUGAAGUUACAUCCAUUACCAAGAUUACAAGGUUUCAUUCUUAAAUCAAAGUUGAAUAAAUAUUGAAUAUAAACUUACAGGUCAGGUUAGUAAGCAAUACCUAUAGCAAUGUUAAUUUUAACAUUUUACAGACUGGCCCCAAUCACUUCCAUUGUAACUGUGUAACCAGAUAGAUAGAUAGAUAGAUAGACGCUGUGUAUAUAUACAGUACUGGGUGUCUUUUACUACCAUGUACUUUAGCAUUUGGUACAAUGCACUUAUUAUUUUCAUUUGUGAUGUUGCCUUGUACUUGCUAUUAAAGUACCAGCAUUUAUUUACAUUUGUCGUUACACUGUUAACCUAACCCUACCCUUAACUUUACUCAAAUCUACACUUUCAGUACCUCAUCCUCAGUAGCAGAAAACGUUGAUCUUGUGAGAAUUUAGCAAAGAAAAACCUGUAGAUACAAAAUAAUUAUUGUAUGUAUUUAAAUGUUAGUACAUGUUAAAGACAUCUAAUAUAAAGUGGGAUCUUUAUUAUAAAAAGGGGCAAGUUUAAAUGAUCUGUGUGGUGAUCAACAGUAUGCCACAAAUGCUGUUGCUUGAGCUUCACUUGUAAUGAACCCGGAAAACAUUCCUUUAAAAGUCAGGUGAUUCGUCAAGAUCAACAAUGCAUUUAUAUCUUUUUGAAGACGUUUUAAUGGACUGAAUGAGAUCAGGAAUGGGUGGGAAAAAAGGCAAGUCUUCCCCCAUGUUCAUUUUCAUUUGUUGUACUGAUGUCUUUAGCAGCAUACAAAUUGUGCCAUUGUUGUGGGACUGCUUUAGGUAGUGGCCUCAGCAGUGGCCUCUCAGAACCAAUGUUUCAGCAUGAACCACAAGUCCUGAACCUCUAGUGGGGAAUUUUAGUAUAAUAAAUUGGUGUUCAGGGUGCUUUUCACAUUUGCGUUGUCAGGGAGCUGUCGGACUCCUCUGACUUCAAAAGAUGUGCAUGCUUUUGUUAUACAUCCAAAUUAUUGUUAUCAGUGGGAUAUUUGCCUGCUGCAUCAUGUGUUGAGUGCGUGUGCAUUUCUGCAUAUACAUUCUUAUUUUCAUAUUUUUAUCCUUUUAUUUUUCUAUUCCUGCAUUUAUAUUUAUAAUCCAAGGAGAUAGAACAAAUCUGCAGAAAUUCAGUAAGAGGCCACAAAGUGCAAAAGUGGAUUUUUACGCACCAAAGCUACUUGGAUAUAUACAUUUAUUUUUUUAUUUUUCAGCUUUUUACUGCUGUUUAUUUACUGCAUUUAUAUUUAGAAGUCUAGUCAUCCCUGUCUAUCAGCCCUGGAGAGGAAGGCUGCAACUUACAUUUUUUUCCAUUCAUCACCAAAUGCCAAAAAAAAGGAGAAAGCAAACCUCGAUUUUUAUGCUGAUUUCCCAACUGUACAAUUGUUUUAUUUAAGCAGCCCAUAAGUAUUUUAUUCAUCAUUGGUGAAAAUGUAGAAAUCAUGGGAUUGUUUCAUUUAUCCUUUUCAUUUUUGUCUGGCUUUCAUUGACAUAAAUAGUCAUUUUUCAUUCCUAAGUUGCUGAGUAUGCGUUUUUAGUUUUCUUGUCUGCCAUAUGAGACAUCUGAUUCACCUCAUUCGCUUGAAGCCACAUUAAAUCACAAGCAGGAAGCGAUUGGAGUUCAUUUUAGCUGCGUUUGGAUGAUUGGUUUUGUUUUUCUCUAACCUUUUGAAAUUGCACUUCAUGCCUGCUCACGGCCCAUUAUGCAGAGUUUUUAAUGAAUGCACGUUUUAAAUACCUGGUCAGAUUUGUGCAGUGCUGUCUUGUAUUUCCAUGUCUGUCAGUGUGAGUUCUGUUGAAUCUCACGGGUUCUCCACCUGAUUAUUACUUAAGCUUUUUUAGAGAUGGACUCAACUAGGAACAAUCAACCAAUGUUUCUUUGUCUUCUGUUUUAAGACUUGGUGAAAUCAAAAUAAACAGGAAUUAAAGCUGGUUGUAAUGUACGGAAAGAGAUGCUGGACGAAAACACGAUACAGUUUGUUGGCCUUUUCCCCCUCUUUGGAGCAAGUCCCACUAGGUCAAACUGAUCUGGCUGUUCCAUCCAUCUACAUGAUGAAAUGGUCAACUCUGUCUCUAGAGACUUGUAUGGUCAUGUUAAUAUUACACUUUAACACUUAGAAAUGAUUCGGACUGACAUCAAUGUGUUUCUAGGACUAUUUUAAAUAUGUGGCCAGACAUUCAAUCUGAUUUCACUAUCAAAGCUCAAUCACCGAGCAGGCACAUCCUGGUUCUCCUUCAAAUAUGUCAUGUUGGGAAAAGGGCAUCAGACAUUAUGGCACUCGCACAUCAUCUCUAAGUCAGUAGAACGCUUUUAUCAGUCAAUGGUGAAAACCUUUAAUCUGUAACUAAAUCUGAAACAACAACCCUCAAAAUGAUCUUUCAUGUUCAACUGCCUUUGGUUUCCCUGUGAGCUUCUUGAAACCUGCAGCACUGGUUGAAGUUAAAGAUCUAAUGAUGCCAGUUUCUCCUGAACUCUCUUCAGAACGCUUCAAUGAGACACUCAACCCAGGACCAAGAGAUCUGAUGGAUUGAAUUUGUUUUGGGGGUUUUUUCUCGAUUGGGUUAAUUUGUACCUGUUUUUCUUGCAUGUUUUUGUAUCUGACAUGCCUGGAAAAGUUUCACAGUUCCAUGUAAUGUUAAAUUAAAUAUGAUGCUGUUUUUGUUUUAGUAAGCAGUUGUUGUUGUAGUGAUGGACGGGUUCAGUGUGUAUCGUUUUGUUUUUUUUCUUAUGGUUUAUCAGUGAUUGGUUGUGCUGAUCUGUUACAUUAAUUCUUUCUUGCUUUUUGCUUGACUCAGUUUUUUGUAAGUUCUUUCAUUAUGUCUCUGUUAUGUUGACUGUAUCUGUGAAGAAAAUGUAUGUUUGCAAGCCUCUAACCUGAGUGAAUGCCUCGUGAAUAAAUGGAUUUAACGCUCGCACUCUCCAAUUUCUUAAUAAAGGACAUUUUU